AGAAAAAGAAGAAGACUAAGGGCAUUUAAUAACCUCUUUAUUUUAGGAUUUUAAAAUGAUGAAAAAAUGUUUUCAUUUAUUACAAAAUCAAAAUAAUAUCCAGCAGAUAUUAAGAACAACACGAACUCAACCCAUUUCAAGUGAAAAAUGGGAUUUAUUUGCUGCAGUAUGUCUAGAACGAAAACCAGUAAUAACACCACCACUAAAUGAUUUACAAAAGGAGUAUAAACAAUUAAUGAGUGAUAUUGAAUUUGAAAGAAGUCUAAAAUCUAAUUUUGAACUAAGACAUGAAACUGAUCUUAAGAAUUUAGAAAUAUUGAAGAAAGGUGGAGAAAUAGAAGACAUAGAUGUUAAUCUAAAACAGACUGCCCAAGAUUUAAAAGAUUUGUGGACAGCAGAAGCGUCCCAGUUUAAAUUUGCUGAUACAAUAACAGAGGCAGAUAAGAAAAAUGACCAAAAAUCUCUAAAUCGAAGAUUAGAUAAACAUUUAAUAUAUGUUUUGAAUCAGAAAGUUGGCGAUAAGAAAUUCUAUCUAUUACCGCAAGGUAUUAGACAGGAUGGAGAAACUUUAAGACAGAGUGCUGAAAGAAUUCUUAAAGAAAGUAUAGGACCCGAUGUGAAAGCCCAAAUUUACAGUAAUGCGCCAUGUGGAUUUUAUAAAUACAAAUAUCCAGCUAAUAUAAGAAAUGAUAAAAAUAUAGUUGGAGCUAAGGUAUUUAUCUACUUUGCAAGAUACUUGAAAGGUCAACCACCAGCAAAAGGAUUGGAUUUUAAAUGGUUGGAUCGAAAUGAAUUACGCAAAACAUUACCUCCACAAUAUAAUGAUAGUGUUAAACAGUUUUUAAUAGAUGAAUAAUUUAAGUUUAUAAUAAUACAGUUUUGUUACUUUAAAUUAAUCCUUUUUGUUUGAUAUUUUUUAAUCAAAAAAUACCGUUUUUCUUUGA